AUGUACGCGGAAGAAUCUGAUCCAUGCACUUCUUGGCUCGAGAUUAAAAGGUGGCCCAUCAUAAGCGAUACAUUAUCUCUGGCAUCUUUGAGAAGAAUGAAUGAACUCAUUCGACUUCCAGAAGAAGAACAGCCGGUGAAAGUUGUCAAAAAACCCUUCUUACCAACUCGUCUACUUGAUGUGCAGGCAUCUUGUCCAUCGGGCUUGCGUCUGGUUAUCACCAAAACGGAUUCCGAUGUUUGUAUGCUUAACGCUUCACUGAGACGAUACGCAGCGUUGAGUUACUGCUGGGGCUCGGGGAACGCAGCGCUGAAACAACUCAUGACAACCAAGGACGUGUUGCAGAAGCAUCUUGAUGAGAUUCAUAUGGAGAACGUUCCCUUGACAAUUGCAGACUCGAUCCGAGUUUGCAGGGCGCUUGACGUACGAUACCUCUGGGUCGAUGCUUUGUGUAUCCUUCUAGGAGACCGUGAUGAUUGGCCAAACGAGUCGUUCCAGAUGUCCAGCAUCUAUGGGAACAGCUAUCUUACACUAUAUGUUGUCGGUUUCCUUCACAAGGACUAUAGCACGCCCAAUGUGAGAGUCAAGUUCCAGUCGAAGCUUCACAACUCAGUCUCGGGCAAUAUCACUCUUCGAAUGCUUCAUCCACCUUCAGUAACAGUUCGGAGGUGCACGAAACAAGUCGAGAAAUACGGCCGUGCUGAUGAUUCCGCCGGUAACUCGGACAUCAACGAAGCCCUGUGGAGCACGCGAGGCUGGACAUUCCAGGAGGAUCAACUAGCCCGCGGAAGGUGUUCCACGCUGAUGGCUCAACAGUGCGGAGCUUUCGUUUUGUCGAGACAAUGGAUUCUUCUGGAACUAGGGCUCGAGACCUGGUAUACGAUGAUCGAGAACAACUCCGAAAAAAACCUUUCCUAUGAAAACGACAAGUUCCCAGCCAUCGCAGCUCUGAUCAGGUCUUUCAGCGAAAAGUUUAAGAACCAGGCGUAUCUAGCAGGCCUGUGGGAGUCAGACAUUCACAAAGGCCUUAUUUGGACCUGCACCUCGGCAUGGAAGGAGUUCGACGACUUCCAAAGGCUUUUGUCGAAGGAACAUACAGUACCAUCUUGGAGCUGGGCUCAUCGUCCUCUGCUGGUAAAUUGGAUCCUGAACCAUGACAAAAGGCCCAAAUCGGAGCUUAUAGUCCGUGGCUCCGAAAUUGUCGCUCUAGAUAAGCAUAACGAUUCUAGCUGCAUUUCAGAAGGCCGUCUACUCCUAAAAGCACGAAUAUUCAAACCGCCAACAAGACGAAAUGGAAAGAUCAGGAUCAAGCACUCAUACAACUUGUGGAGGGACAUGAACUUACCAUCGUUUAACUAUAUUCUCUGGUCCAAAAGUAACAAGUACAUGGUCAAGAUUCGCUUCGACUGGAAUAGUCAAUCUUGCUUUAAUGAUGAGGGUUAA